AUGGCAGGCUAUGGUGGAGCUGCAGACGGAACAGCAUAUAACCCUCAAAGUCAAAUGAAUUUGAGUUCACUCAAAAAUCAAAUAGCAGAUGUCAAAAAGUCAAACAUAGACAUACAGAAGCAAAUAGGUGAAAACGAAAAGAAACUAGAAUAUGACAGACACACAAAGAAACUCAAUGAGUUAAACGUAGAGAAAAAGAAGAAAGAAGAACAACUGAAAGAACUAAGUACAGAGCAAUAUGCGAAAAAAGUGUCAGAAAAAGCAGCAGAAGUAGCAAAAAUGGAACAAGAUGUUAUAAAUUUGAAAAACCAUACUACUCAAUAUAAAGUACUGAAAGAUGAAGAGAUAAAACAAAAAGCCCUGAAGACAUAUAUGGAUAGCGAUGAGUAUAAAAAAGAAGUUGAAGCAAAUGUAAAGGCAGAAAAACUUUUACAGUUGCAAAACCAAACCGUACAGUAUGAAAACUUAGCACAAGAAAGUAAAAAUAACGACGCGGCUAUGCAAAAGGCAAUGAAAAGCGCAGAAUAUAUAAAAGCUAACAAUGACUGGUUAGAUGCCCAAGCCAACGCUAAAGCAGCCCAACUCAUAGGGUCAAUAAGGACAAAAAUACAAGCGGAUGAAGAUAGUUCAAAUGAAGCUUUAACAAAUGCUGACUUUAAGAACGCUUUCGAAGCUCUUCAUAGUAAGGUGAAACAAGUGAACGACUUCUCAUCUGGAAAGAAACUGAAGUCUGAAGGUUUCGACAAAGAGUUAAAAGAAGUAGCACAAAAUAUGACGAAAAUAACAGAUGCAGCAACGAGACAGGCAGUUCAAAGUGCCUAUGACGCCGUUAGAGCAACUGUUGUGAAAAGUCAAGAAAAAGAGUUACAACAGACCAAAACAGACCUAGUAAAUGCUUUCUUAAAAACGAAAAGUCAGGUAGGACAUUACGCUGCAGAUGGAACAUAUGUGCCAGCUG